AUGUCCGCAGCAUCCACACCAAACAAGAGGGGCGCGCCAGCGGGUGUCGCUGGCCGACGCACUCCCGCCAUCAACAGCACCACUACCGGAGCACCUUCGCCAAGUCCCUCCAGACCGACUACCUCAUCCUCGGGCUCGGGCUCGUCGACCACCAUGAACGGCCUCAGUCGCACACAGUCGAAGCGCGGCACUCCACUACCUCCGCGAUCGGCAGCGGCAGCAGGACGGAAACAGAGCACCACUCCCGACCCCGCAGAAGAGGAUGCCAAGGCCGAAAUGCAGGCCAAGAUGGAAGAACUACAGCAGAAACUACAGGACGCAGAAGUCGCGCACCAGGAGGCUCAGAAACAGGCUGCAGUGCUGCAAGUGAAGCUCGACGAAUCGCUCAAGGAGCAAGGCAUGCUAGAGGAGAGGGUCCAGGAGCACACAGAACGCAAUGAGGAACUGGAGAACGAGAAGAAAGACAGCUUGCGAGCACGACGAGAGAUGGAGCAGAUCUACGAGUCGGAGAAGGUGGCUGCGAACAAGGAGAAAGAGGAGGCACUCAAGCGCGAGGACGAGAUGCAGCAGGCCAUGCAGCGCUUGAAGGAGACGUUGGCACAGCGAGAGAUCCGCGCCGGCGUGGAAGAUGAACGACGGCCCUUCAUGUCGCGACAAUCGUCCGCCAACGCGAGGAGCAACAACCCUUCACCAAACCCAGAUGGCACCGAUCGACAGUUUGCGCCCGCAUCGAUGAACAGGAGUGACUCGACAUCUCGGAGCAACUCGAAGUUGGUCAUGCAGAAGGACAAGAUUAUUGAGUCGUUGCGACUGGAGUUGGCCGAUGCCGAGAUGAAGCUAAUCGAAGUGGAUCACAAGGGUGGCGGUCGUCUUCAGGACCUUCAGAAAGAAGUCUACGAUCUCAAGAUGCAGAACGCGCGGCUGAUGGAGGAGAACGAGCACUUCCAAGUCAUGCUCACAGAGAAGACCAUCGCUGGUGACUUUCAUCUGGCACCUCCAUCGAACGCCGUCUCAAGGCCGCCCUCACGAAGGCUGGAAGAGCAAGCAGCUGGUGGUAAGAGUCUCGCAGAUGAGCUCGAGAACCAUGGCGACAGCGAGGGUGAGGAUGGCGAGCAGCCAAAGCAAUUGCGGGCAGAGAUCAACAGCUUGAAGGACGCAAACAAGGCGCUGACGCUGUAUAUUAACAAUAUCAUCUCACGUCUGCUGCAGCACGAUCAAUUCGAAGCAAUCCUCGACAAGACACCCGAUUUGAUGGCUGGAUCUGGCGCAGCAAGCAAAAGGGCAGACACAGACAAGGAGCUUCCACCUCCGCCUCCACCACAAGACGACCAGCCUAGUCUGCUGCAGCGAGCAAAGAGUGUGAUGGGUGGCAAGCCGAGGCCGAGACCUUUAUCGCAGACUAUCAACACUGGCGCCAUCGAUCCGCCGUUGCAGACGCCAAGUCUCGAGCCACCAAGGACAGAGGACCCGAACACAGCACCACGCGUUCCCAUCGGACGCUCAAACUCUAAACGUGCUGGCAGUGGCCAUCGUCGUGCCAACUCAGAGUGGCCAGCCGCAAGUCUGGUGUCCAACAUGUACCGCAGUGGAACACCGCAAACAGGACCUCUCAGCCCACCACUCGGCUCACCUACCAGCCGCAAUUCUUUCUUCGGUGGCAACAUGCGCCAACUCUCUUCCAGCUCAAAUGUACCGACGAUCUCGGAGACUACAAAUGACGGCAGCAAAGAGAACAAUGGCCCUCAACGCGACAGCAAGAUGAGCGAGAUCCGCAGCAACCGCAACAGCAUGCAGUCCAGCGUCGCGGCUGGCGGAAUUGAAGGCAUUGACAACAUUCAAGAGAACGGCAAUGGCAUCGCUUACGAGCGUUCGAACCCUUCUUCACCACCUCGCAGUACCACCUCCAGUGGUGACAAGGACGGCAAAGGACCGAGCGGCGCCAUCAUGAUGGGCUCCAAGCCACGACCCUUGCGUCUCGUCCAAGAAGCCAAGGACGAAGACGCAGCAAAGAAGCAGGCAAACAGAGGCAGCUGGUUCGGCUUCAUGAAUCAAGGUCUGAAGGCGCCGACAAGUGGCGGCACCGGCAUUUUCGGGCAGAGAAGCAACAGCGGUGAUCCCCCAACGCAGUAG